AUGUCCAGCUUUUCCCCGGCGAGUACCAGCUCGCCUCCGGUCGAGAACGCAAAGAGCAGCAGCAGUGCGCCCGAAUCUGGCAAACCAGCCCGACAUCGAGUCACCCGAGCCUGCGACGCAUGUCGAAAGAACAAAGUCAAAUGUCCCCUCAACGAGCCAGGUCCCUGUCAGAAUUGUAUCAAAGCCUCUCGCCCGUGUACCUUCGAAAACCUCGGCGUCAGGCGAGAGAAACCGCCAUCGAAACAUGAUAUCCAGCAGCUCAAGUCGCGAAUCCAAACCCUCGAGGAACUCUUGGCUGUCCUAGCACCCAACCUCGAUUUGAAAUGCCUCCCCAGGACCCCCGAACAGGCGCGUGGAAUCGUCAACCAGUCACGCAUACAGGCAGCCCGAAAUAAUCCAAUCAGGGAAACCCCGCCAGCAGCUCGACCGAGCGACCUAUCCGACCCGGAUGACGUGUUUGCUGCCAUCCGACUCUUAAACGAUUUACAGAUCCGUUCACCCACCCACGACCCUCCUCUAGAACCAGGCACAUCAGCAGCUUCAUCUCAUCAUUCCCCCCAUUCCCUGCCCUCCUCCCCCCCACAAAACCAGCAGGAUCGGGAAUCUAAACCUUCUUAUACCCAAGCGGUCACCCAGAUAUCCGUAGAGAAAUUUGUUCCCCUCCAUCAUCUCCCCAGCUUCCAACUUCCCCCCCAACAGCUCGCGAUCACCCUCAUCUCCCUGUUCUUCGAGAAGGUCAACCCCUUCCAACACAUCCUUCAUCGCGGCGAAUUCAUCCGACUGUACGAGACCGACCUGAUCCAGACCGAUCGAUCGUUUCAGGCGCUCUGUUUUGCCCUGUUCGCCGCCGGCUCAACCUUCUCUUCUGACCCUUGCGUCAUGCUAUCCACCGAUUGUGGCGCCCCCAACCGUCAGACAGCAGGCGCCACGUUCUUGUAUGCCGGUCUGAGCUUGGUCUGUCCCGCCCAUCUACCGACCUGCACACUGUACGACCUCCAAGCAAUGGCUGUGCUCUGCCAUGUCACCUCGAUCAUCUGCAGUCCACUCACGGUUUGGUCUUGGCUCGGCCUUCACCUUCGAAGAGUUCAAAAUGCGGCAGCUCAUCGGAACAGUGCCCCUCAAUGGAAGACCUCCUUGAUGAAAGACCAGUUGCGGAAACGCGCCGUCUGGUAUCUGGCCCUGGAGGAGCUCGCCUUCUCGCUGAUUCUCGGCCGUACAUCUUGUAUCAAAUCUGACACAAUUGACUUGGAUCUCCCCCUCCCAUUAGGUGACGAUGAACUAAGCAGAUACUGCGCGGACAAUCAAACAAGUCAUUCGCACUUCGAACCUGGAGCUCGAGUCCCCCUCUCAUCAGCUCCUCAAGCCCCGUGGCCGACAGACGUUCCGAUGAUCUUUCUCCGAAAGUUCGGGCUUGCUCUCCAAAAGCUGUUUGCGGUCAGGGUAAAUCCAAGCUCCAGGAUGGGUGAAAGAGACAAAGAUGCGAUCGUUGCUUUGGCACAAGAGAUCGAAAAUUUCUUUCAAGAGUCCGCCCACUACGCCCCAUGGGAUCCCACUAUCUCGGACACUGUGGUCUUGGUCGAUCGCGGCAAACGCACGGUUCUCCACCUUAUCUUUCGGAUCCUACUUCGCCGGAUGUUGAUUUUCGAGGAACCCGCCGAGCUCCAGCUCUGUUUCCAAUCCGCGAACGAGCUGAUCGAUAUUUUAGACCAUCUUCGAAAUCGUGGCGCGGCUGAGCACACCGCAUCAUGGGCACCCUACGCGACCGUGCCAGCAACCUCAAUGCAAUUGUACAUCGCUUGUAAUGCAUGCGAUGGAAUCUCAGCGGCAGAUCGGGCAAACGCUUGGGUGGGCGUUCAUCGUGGUAUUAAUGUUCUUGGCACUCUCGCACCAAUUUCCUCUUUGGCUGGCCAGUUGCGGAAUAGGCUAGAGCAAAUCAUUCAAGCAUGUGUGACUAAAGAACUGUUCCCCCUAGCCGAUGAAGGCUUGGCGCAUGGGCACAACAAGCGAGAGGCGGCAGAAGUUCUGGAUGGCUUCAACGACGCGGCGACGCAGGGCAAACGACCGAGCACUCGACGAGAGGAGACCGGUUCGUUCGAGUAUCCCGACGGUCUACCGCCCUCGUUCCCGAUCGGGAGCAGUCGCAGCACUGCCGAUGAAGGCUCCUUCGGCCGGCCCUGCUUCGGUAACCCCUGGUCCCAGUUCGACUCCUCCCUCUUCCACCAUCUUGGAAGGCCUCCCAAAGCUGCCGCCGACACUCCUUCAUUCGAUCCCCCAGUCUGGACCCCCACUUACUCUUCUCCUGAUCCACCUACUACCAGCCCUCUGCAUGAAUUUUCCUACGAUAACUUCGACCUCAGUCAUUCCUUCCUCGCAUAA